UGAAUGAAAAAUUUUUAUUAAGACUAUCAUAAAAACUAAAAGAUAAAGAAUUUUUCUUUUUUUUCUUGAAUGAGAAAAAAAAUCAUUCUAACACGCAAGACCGCAACAGAAAGGUUCCCACAGUUUUGCAUUCUUCCUUUCUCCUCAACUGCUUACUCCUUACUUUGUAGUCUCCACCUCUUCUUCUACUACUAAUAAUAAUACAGUUUGUUCCAGAAGGCUAACAACGCGAUCUUUGGGAGAUUUAGUAUACAACACAUCCUUUUACGCUGACCUUAGUGAAUUGAGAACAGUUGAAGAGCUGUAAACGAAUUUUGCUUCAUUAAGUAGGUUGAGAUCUUGUAAUGCUCAUUGCACAUACUUGAAAGGAAGACAUAUGAUGGUCACUGCAGCAGUUGUCGGACUUAGUGCAGGAAAGAAAUUCUUGAGUUCUACCUUUUAUUAUUCUGACCUUACAGAAAAGCUUUUCAAUGUCAAUGAUAAUGGAUUAACCCACUACCAAAUUGCUUCAACAAAGAAUGUGAUAGUUGCAAAAAAGUCAUCAAAUUAUGGCCCCAGUUACCCAUCAUCCAAUAGAAAUACACAGUCUAUUAAGGCUCUUAAAGAACAUGUGGAUACUGCCUCUGCUCCCUCAACUGCAGCAACACGGUUCAAGACAUUCCAUGACAUAGAAGAGGAUAUUUCUGAUCUCGACUAUUCAGUGGAGGCACUUCUCUUGUUGCAGAAGUCAAUGCUUGAGAAACAGUGGAAUCUUUCGUUUGAGAGGACAGCCUCAAGUGAUUCAACCAAUAAAAAAAGUCAAAAGAAGAUACCUGUCACUUGCUCUGGAUUAUCUGCUCGACAACGGAGAAUAAAUACUAGGAGGAAGAAUCUGAGCCAAAGUAAAUCCAUAGUGCAAGCUAGUACAUUUAAGCAGCUAAAAUCAGCUGUCAGUCCUGAGCUGCUGCAGAAUCGUUUGAAGGGUUAUGUUAAGGGUGUAGUAAGUGAAGAGCUUCUCACGCAUGCAGAAGUUGUAUGCCUGUCAAGGAUAAUUAAAGCUGGUCUUUCCAUGGAAGAACAUAGAUCCAGGCUGAAGGAGAGAUUAGGAUGUGAGCCCUCUGAUGCAGAACUCGCAACUUCCUUGAGGAUCUCUCGUGCAGAGUUACAAUCCAAAUUGAUAGCUUGUUCUUUGGCAAGAGAGAAACUAGCAAUGAGCAAUGUUCGUCUAGUUAUGUCUAUUGCUCAAAGAUAUGAUAACAUGGGCGCUGAAAUGGCUGACCUUGUUCAGGGAGGUUUGAUUGGACUAUUGCGUGGCAUUGAGAAGUUUGAUUCUUCAAAGGGGUUCAAAAUUUCAACUUAUGUUUAUUGGUGGAUACGUCAGGGUGUUUCAAGAGCAUUAGUUGAGAAUUCGAGAACCUUAAGACUGCCUAAUCAUUUACAUGAAAGGUUAGGCUUAAUACGAAAUGCAAAAAUCAGACUGGCAGAGAAAGGAGUAACUCCUUCAAUUGAUAGGAUUGCAGAGUCCCUGAAUAUGUCCCAGAAAAAAGUUAGGAAUGCGACAGAGGCAAUUAGCAAGGUCUUUUCACUUGAUAGGGAAGCAUUCCCCUCUUUGAAUGGUCUCCCAGGAGAGACUCACCAUAGUUACGUUGCAGAUAAUUGCCUUGAGAACAACCCAUGGCAUGGAGUAGAUGAAUGGGCACUCAAGGAAGAAGUAAACAAGCUUAUCAAUGUGACUCUUCAAGAACGAGAAAGGGAGAUUAUAAGACUUUACUAUGGUUUGGAUAAUGAAUCCCUUACAUGGGAGGACAUUAGUAAGCGGAUAGGUUUGUCCAGAGAGAGAAUUCGACAAGUCGGGCUUGUUGCACUAGAGAAAUUAAAACAUGCUGCAAGGAAGAAGAAGCUGGAGGCCAUGCUAGUGAAACAUUGAAUUGGUGCGUGCAUGUUUCAUUGAAACUCCAGAAUAUGACUGUAUAUGUACAGAAAGGAAAGAUGUAUCUUCCAUUUCUUUUUUCAGAACAGAAACAACUAUCGGAGAUCAUGUUUGUAAGGGCCUAUAACCCCAAAACUUUCUGUAGAGUUGAGCAUGCUGAUUUAAGAGCUAGAUGGAGCAAAAAAUUUUCAUGUAUUUAUCAUAUAAUUUGAUGGACAAUCCGUGGAUCUGAAAUCAAAAUUAUUUAAUUCUAUUAUGUAC